CAGCAUCAGGCCAGGAGUCCCGGUGACGGGAAGCUCCUGGCCCACGCGUCCAACACUGCCGUAAAACCAUCGCCCGGUCAUCAUUCCCUGCCGCGGAAAAAGACACCAUCCGAGAUUAGAAACUCCUCGACCCAGCAGUUCCAGCGUGCCCAAUCGUUAAGGCGAAGCUGUUUGUCGCCUACGCAGUAUCAUCAUCAGCAGCAUCAUCAUCAGCAUCGUCAACAAGAGAGCUCGUUGCACUUCGAAUACUUUGUACCCAGAAGCGUGAGCGAGUUUAACCUAGCCGCGGCUGCGGUCACCGAUAUGGCGGUACCACCGCCGCCACCCACUUCCGUUCUAAGACCAUCCUCAGCGGUUACGCCUCCGUUGUCCUCUGCGCCUAAUCCAGCCUUGUCCAAUCAAUCUCGACUGCUCGAGUGUUCUGGAACGGCUACCAGAAGCCGUGAGAAGAUGGUCACGUUCGAGGACGAAGGGAUGAACACCUCGACGCCAACCAGGAAGAACGUUUCCGGGCUGGACAAUGUUUUCAUGUGACGCUGCAAUCAUGGUUGAACUUGUGAAUCAAUAUUUCAACGGAGGAUCUAUCUUACAAGGAUCUGGUUACGGUAUUUCAAGGGUGGAUUAAGAACGAUUAAGUUAAUUAUGAAAUUGUCAGGAUUUAGGGUACUUUGAUGAUUGAAUUUAAGGAUACGAGGGAGAAGAAUGAAAAUGAAGCGAAGACAAGGAAUGGACGUAGAGUUUCGUACUCUGUAAAGACACGAACUUCAAACAACGAAGGUGUCUUGAACGAAGGAAGCCGGGGUUUUACUUUUUCGAAACUUUAACGGCGAUAUCGUUCGUCGUGACGAAAGACACUAGAUUUCUAUCGUUUACAUUAUAACUACCGUUACUGUAACACUAAUUAAUACUCUUAUCGCUGCUGAUACUCUUCUUCUUACCAUUAUCGUUGCUAGAUUACGUGGUACGAGCGGGAGCUCGUGAAAUUGUGAGAAUUCUUCAAAUGUAUGCGAUUACACUGCCUCUUUCUCUCAAUGAACAGCUUGUACAGGGUGAGACAAUUUGAAGAGAUACAGUUCUUCCUGAAGGAAUACACUUUCUUAACGUUGAAAAUGAUUUCUAUGCAACGGUAGUUUCAUAUCGUUACAUUAUCGAGUAGAUAUUUUAAAAAAUAUAAUUCAUCGAAAUUAACUUCAGAAUUUUUCUUUCGACUUUUUAUAAUGUAUUUCUUCGGGAAAAACUUAAUCUCUUUCGUACUAUGUCCCCCUUGGGUGUACUUAUAACGAGAAACACACACAGUUCUUUGAAGAAUAAACACUUCAAAGGGUCCAUGAAUUUUCAUACUCUACUCUAUUCCCUCGAGAAACAUAGUUUAAAAUAUUCCAUGUUUCCCAUGGAAAUACGUAUAUUUGUGACAAGAAAGAGGCGACGUAAGAGAGAAAAAUAAUGAAACACACAGCCUUAAAACGCGCCUCACAAGCGGUUCAAUUAAUUAUUGUCACAACAAAAAAAAAAAAAAGACAGAUAAUAUAAAGCAUAAAAAAAAGACGUGCAUAGCUACGAGGCGGGUCUGUCCUAGUGUAAUUGAUAAGGAACUCGUUUUAAUUGUUGAACGUCGCUUAACUUUAAUACGAAUUGAUAAGCCAGUGUCCGAAUAAAGGUAAUUAUGUAAAUGAUUCUAGUAUCAUAAAGGAUCGUGUCCAAUCUUUGUGCGCACGGUGAAAGAAGCGACGUCACUCAAUCAACAGGUUGAAUUAUGGGGCUCAACGAGUGUUCGGAUACUCUGUUUCUACGCGUAUUUCACGAUAUCGAAUGAGUUUUCAUUAAAGAGAGACGAAGUAUCGAACAA